GAACCAAAGGACAUUUCGCCCGAAAAAAAGUGCACCUUCAGGGAGUAAGGGGGCACAGCUAAGACAGCACAUUGAUGCGACGCUAGGAAGUGGAAACCUAAGAGAAGCAGUAAGACUCCCUCCUGGGGAGGAUGCUAAUGAAUGGCUUGCUGUCAAUACUGUGGACUUCUUCAACCAGGUGAAUUUGCUUUAUGGUACCCUCACAGAGUUCUGCACUCCAGAAAACUGUCCUACAAUGACUGCGGGACCCAAGUACGAGUACAGAUGGGCUGAUGGGGUACAAAUCAAGAAACCGAUUGAAGUUUCAGCUCCAAAAUAUGUUGAAUAUUUGAUGGACUGGAUCGAAUCUCAAUUAGAUGAUGAAUCCAUAUUUCCUCAAAGGCUUGGUGCCCCCUUUCCUCCCAACUUUAGAGAAGUUGUGAAGACUAUAUUCAAACGCAUGUUCUGUGUUUAUGCUCAUAUUUAUCACUGUCAUUUCCAGAAGAUUGUAAGUCUUAAAGAGGAGGCCCAUCUAAAUACCUGCUUCAAGCAUUUCAUAUUGUUUACCUGUGAAUUUGGACUGAUUGACAAGAAGGAGCUAGCUCCACUUCAAGAGCUUGUAGAAUCCAUUGUUGUCCCUUACUAAACCAGUGUGCACUUCCUGAUAGAAUCAACUAUCCAAGGGACACAAUAAGCUGAUGUAAUAAU